AUGGCGAACCGGUCGAUGCCUUUCCGCUUCCUCGAUUUGCCGCCCGAGCUGCGAAUGCGGGUCUAUCCGUACUUGCUGGAGGAGGACCGUGGCAUUUCUAUCCGCCAUUCGAAGACAACGAAGCUCAAGGCGCGAGCCAUCGGCACUUAUUGGACGCCGCUAAACAUGCCUGUUGCGCUUCUUGCCACCUGCAAGAUUAUCAACAAGGAAGCGACCCCGGUGCUCUACGGAAACAACAGUUUCAGCGUGGACCCGCGCACGAGGCCCUUGCAAGACCACUUCCUCGAGAAGAUCGGAGGCUCCAUUCGGUAUCUGCGUCGAGUCACUCUCGCUUGGGCGAAUAAGCGCGAGCGCCACGCCAUGUUGGUGCGCCUGAAGAAGGCUGUCUUCCUUACCGAGCUGGGUCUGCCGUGGUAUUUGGUCUCCCAUGUAGGAAUCGAAGCCAUUGCCAAGGAGUUAGGGCCCCUGAUACGGUCGUUGCAUAAGUCCCAGAGGAAGGACGAAGAGAGGAAGGAGCGCAAAGUGAGCAACAUCAUUGUGGUCCCUGCAGGCGACAGGCACUCCUUCCGUAGUUUGGAGAAGCAUACCAGAGCAGUUGGAGAAGCUAAGCAGGGGGAGACAGAGAUCAGGGAUAUCCUCGAGAAGACACUCAAAUGA